AGGAGGGGGGUGGUGGGUAAAGGAGUUCAGCUCAGAGACGGGACAGAACGAGGAUCAGCAGUCUGAUCUACAAACUAAAUAAAUCUAAAUCUAAAUAAAGCGGAAAACUGAGAGUAGUUUAGUAACUAAUUUGGAUCAAAGGAAGGUUUAUAACGGUUUCAUUUAUCUGUAUAACAGUUGGUUUUUACCAGGUUCUCCCAACGGUGCAAGAAACGUUUCCUCUUCCCGCCACUUUCAGCAAAUUAUUUCAGCUUGAAAACAAGCGACACGAGGAGAAAACCAGUGAGUCUGUGGUCUCUCUUCAGGUGAGACAUGUCCAGGAUCUCAGAGAGGGAGUGGAGGGACACUCUGGUGUCCAUCCUGGAGGAGCUGGACGAGACACAGUACGAGAAGACACUGUCACAUCUCAAAAAGAUAAAACAAAGCGUGAAGAAUGGAAAGUCCAGAUUUAAGAUGGUGGAUGUGAUCGUACAGCACUACGGAUUAGAGGGAUCCAUCAAUACCAUCAGUGGGAUCAUGAAGAAACUUCCCAGGAAUGAUGAAGACAUCCAGAGUCUGUUGAGACCUUUCAUGGACAAACUGAAGAAGACAAAGAAAAUGACUUCAUCUUCAGGAUUUAAGAAGAAACGUGUUGUGAGUAAUUCAGGUUCUUCAGCUUACGAAGACGAAGCUGAAGCUGACGAACCAACGAGUCAACAGCCUGUGCAGGAGAAAAAACUUCCGUUGUGGAGAAAAUCCAUCCGUGAUCUGAAGAUCGACCGUGACCUCGGCCAAAAAGCCAUAGCUGGGAAGGUGGUUCAGAAAUCAGGUCUGAUAACAUAUCAGACAAAAACCAAGGAGCAGAAGUUUUUCUUUUAUUUGGGAGUGGCUGACGACACAGGCAGCAUUAAAGUGAUGGUUUAUGGGAAAGAGUUCUUCCAGGAAUUCCAGGAGAAAACCUGCUACAUGUUCAGAAACAUAAUCAUGGAUGGGGAUCUCAUGAAAGUCACCAAACAAAGCCUUUAUUCAGUGACGAGCGCCAUAAACAUCCCCGAGGAUCUGGAGCUGGAAGCUCGGAUGCUGAUUUCUCAGAAGCCAGUUUCCUUCAUUGCAAAGGCCAAAAGUUAUGACGACAAGACGAUCGUGAGCGUUGAAGGAACUGUGGAAGAGAUUGGUUCCAUCGAACACGUCUCAAUAAAAAAUAAACAGAGAAAGACAGAGAGGCUGGAAUUCACAAUUCAUGACGAAUCAGAUUCCAUCACAGUCAAACUUUGGGGCAAAGAGACCAGUGAGCUGAGAGGGAAAACAGUUGGAGACUACGUCAGAGUGAUCAACGUUAAGACCAAUCGCUACAACGACACAGUCUCCCUGAACUCAACGGACUACACCAAGAUUUUAAAGAUGCAGAGCGCUGCCGUCCAGGAUGUCGACAUUCAGAUCAUUGGGAUCGUGAAUGCCAGCAGGGUUGAGACGGAGCUGGAUGCAGAGAUCAGCGGUCAGAUAGUUGGUCUUGUCGUGGAGUCUUCACUUCUGGCGAAAGCGUUUGGCCUCAGACUGAGUGGCAACUUUAGAGAAAGGCUUCUGGAAAUAAUGCCUCUGUCAGCAAAAGCAGAAAUAAAUGGAAGUAAGAUCAUCAGAAUAGUAGCUGAUACAGAGAUGUAAAGGUUCUGAUACAGAUUCAUGAAAUGAGUUGAAGUAACGAACAUUAAUCUGCUUCGUGUCUGAUAUUUUCUUUAAGUUUGUUUUCAUGUGAAUCUUGGUGAAGGGAGUCCACAAUGAACCAAGUUAAAACUAAAGAAAGAAAAUGGUAAAUGGGUAAAUUUAAUCAAUGAAACAAAGAACCAGAAAGAGAAGUGAAGGACAAACGUGUCAGUAAUUUCAAAUAAAUAAAAAGCUUUUUCUUGUUUUUUGACUGAAUCAUGUUAGUAGAAAGGAAAUUAAAAGUGUAAAUACUACAGAAUGAAUGGUUUGUUGUUUUUGUUUGUUUUAUUUCUUUGUGAAUUUUAAAGGCAUUUCUUUUAAAAGUCAACUUGAAAAAAAAAUACCAAAAAAAGGAAAAUGUGUCACAAUAUUUCAAUGCAUUCUGAGCUGUUCCUGUUUUUAGUUUAGUUGAAUGUGUCUCAUCUCAUCACUGCUCAUUUCUCAAUAAAAUGAAUGAAUUCA